AUGCGCGACCUCAUGGAGACACGCGCACAGGUCGAGGCCGAGCGCGCAGUGGCCAUCGCUGCCCGUCGGGAGGUCAAAAACAUGUCCAACCAGAAUCGCUCCCUACGAGAAGCACUCCAGCAGCGAGUCGCGCAGGACGACGUCUUAGACAGGGCCCAUCAGCAGAAGACCCCUAUACCGACCAUUGGCGGUGUCCCCACACCGGGACCGGCCCUCACUGCGGACCCCGCCACCGGCCUUGCUGGCACAUUCGUGCCCCCAUAUCUCACGUUAGGAAGCCUCACUCGCCCCACACACAGCAACACCAGCACGGACCCACAGGUGAUCUACCUGAAUUCCCCGCUCCUGCCAGGCCACCUUGGUGCCGUACCAAUUCCCCAACCGACUGCCGAUAUGGCGGGAACCUCGGGUCCAAACACUACCACGGCCGCCAACAUACCUCCACUCGAUAUCAACACCCGGCUAUUGCUCCAAAUGAACGAGGCCAUCGCCUCCCUACAGGCACGGGUGGAAAGCUCCGAAAACAGAACUGGGUGGCAGCCGAUCACAGCCGGUUUCCAAGGCAAGACAGGACGCUUCACUGCCCGUAUACAGGCCGAGAAGCGACCACCAGAAGCUAAGCCUCUCAAGAUCGAAAAGUAUAACGGGACCCGAGACCCAUACCACCAUCUCGAAGUCUUUGAAUCCAUACUCCAUGGAACGCGAUAUACAGAUGCCAUGGCCUGCCAUGCGUUCGAGGAAACUUUGACGGACGAAGCCCUGCGUUGGUUCCUCAACCUACCCACCAACUCCAUUGAUAGUUUCCAAGAAUUGGGCGACAAGUUCCUGCGACGAUUCAUCCUGUGCGGCGGUGGAUAUCGCACAACUCCCGACCUAUUCAGGCUCAAGCAGCGGCCAAACGAGCGAUUACGAGACUUUGUUCGCCGGUGGCAAAAUCAGGCCACGCAGUGCCGCUCCUUCGACCCGGUCCUGGCGGCAUCUGCGUUUAAACAGGCAAUCCAACCCGGAUACUUCUUGUUGCAAAUCAACACCAAUCCCCCCGCAACAUAUGAUGACCUCCUCGAUGCCGCUACAGCCUUUGCUUAG